AUGUGUCAUGAUUUGGUAUAUCACUUUCAAGGGUUUGCCCUAUCCUCGUUUUCCUGGUCGCCUCAUAUCCCCCCUCCCGACCCCAGAUUAGCCUCGUCAUGCCAAUUUCGCCUCAACUGCUCAACUUGUGUACAACGCCAAUCUGGCGUUCUCCUCAAGCCUUAUGACCACCGGUUCAACCAGCCUCCGGUGUUUAUCGGACUAGACCAUCUUUGUCUCCAACGCGAACUUCUGCCCUGGCUGGAGCAGAUUAACUGA